CAGCAGCAUGGGAGGUCAAAGAGGAGACAGAGCCUCUCCUUCCUCUCUUCAGUUUGGGACGGACGCCCGGGUUAAGUUGCCCAACCUGACGGAGGCGGGGGUUUUUUGGCAGGGUUUGGAGGAUCUUUAUCGCCUCAACGAGAGUCUUUUCGAGCGCCGGCCAAACUUCAGCCCCGGCCCCGACGACUGGCUCAACUUCCAGACGGACGUAGACAAUAUGUUUGCACUGCCACGCGUUUUUAAGAAACUCAAACUGGACGACUCCCCGAAUCCAGAGCUAGGAUCCGGAUUCGGGGAGGGCAGCGGAAACCAGUUGGAUUUGGACGUCACCCCCUCCCAAAUCAGCACUCUCGCUGUUAACGAUCUUCCCGAGAAAAUGGCUAACAAACCGGGCCCAAAAAGAGACGUUCUUCCUCUGAGGACAAAGCAAAUGGAGGAAAUGGAGGGCGAGGCGUUCAGUGGAAACGGGAUGACAGAAAUGGAAACGCAUCACGACUCCCUGCUGCGUUUCCAGGAGGAAAGGGAGGAAGAGGAGGAAGACAUUUUCCACGCCCAAAACCUCCUCCCUUUCUCCCCAAAAAGCGAGUAUGAGGGCAGCGGCUCUCCGGCGUCCAAUCAGAGUUAACGAGACAUUCAUAGAGACAUGAUUGAUUGACAGACGCCACCUCAGUGUCAGAGUUGUAUAAUGAGUAUUGCAAUUUAUUUUUCUACAGGUGCCUAUUAGGAAAAACAGUGUUAUUCUUUUUUUUUCAAAUAUAUAUUUAGGAAAGAAAAAGCCUUAAUGCAGCCGAGUGUUAAGAAGUGAUUUAUUCCGUAUGGAUAACACCGUUUUAAUAUAUGUUUUUAUGAAAAACAACGAGUUUGAGUGGUCAAACCAUCUCAGCUUGUUAAAAGGAAAGUUAGCAGCAGCUUCAGGUCAUAAACCCUCACAUACCUGCAGAGAGAAAUACUCAAUCUGACCCCAUAUGCACUUUUUGAAACAUUUACUAAACUCUAAUAAAAGGACAUUUUCAUGCCGAAAUGCUGUUUUAAAAUCGUCUAAAAGUGAAUAUUUUUGGCCUUUUUUAAUCAAUAUCUUCUGAUAUUUUACAGACCCAACCUUAAAUACAUUAAUCAUUUAGAUAUUUUUAAGAUGAAUGAAUAAUAAAAAUGAGAUGCAGCCCCUAUUUGCAUAGAUUAUUUCUAUAUACUACUAUAAGAUACAACUAGAUUAUAACAUGUGGGGAAAGUCAUAUCUCUGUUUCACAAAUAAUUCUAGACAAAUAUAUUUAAAAUGUGCUUUUGUUUCAGCAACUUUGGACAUUCACAGGUAAUAGAUGAUUGAAUGCUGGGAUUUGCACGUAAAGUGAAUUAAUCCUCACCGGGUGUUAAUGUUCAUUCUGUCACUUUCUGUUGUAAAUGUCACUUUCUCCUCACGUGGUGUUUUCUGUAGAUUGCACCUACAGUCCUUAAAGUGAAAUGUGGUUAAAGACGACGGCUUUAUUCACUUCCUGUCUGUCCCUCAUCUCGACCGUUUGAAAUGUGUGUGCGAAAAGCUGCUGCUGUGCUUCUCUGUAACUUUCAGGACAGAAGCUGUUCAGAAAUAAACCUUUCAACCUCCCUCCGCCCCGUGUCCACGUGAGUGAGCAAGGAGAAGAAAUAAUACGUGUAAGAAUUCAGUCAGACGAGUCGUUUUCUUUCCGUUUUUUAAUGACAAAUAUCAAGUUUCAAGGCUUUUGUAAACCAAGUGUUCACAAACAUGAAUCAGACCUCUGGAACAAAAGCUUUAAAGAAUCAGAGCUCCUCUUUCAGAGCACGAGGAAAAGUUCCUUAAAGCAAAAUCCAGUCGUCUGAAUGAACAAAAAGCAGCUGCAGGACCCUCCUCCCUCCCUUUAUAUAUAUUUAUAUAUAUAUAUAAAAGUUUUAGCAUCACUUAAUGCAAGCUUACCAACGUUCAGUAAAUACAAAUGGAUUUGCAAAAACCUGAGAAGGAAGUGUGGAAACAAUGGAUUUCAUUUGUGAUUUACGAACAGGUGAAUUAAACGGUUUGCCAAGAUAUGUUAUUUUUGUGUACCCUGUGUUCUGAAUAUGACUUAAAAGCUGCGUUUAAAGCCAUAAAAAAGACACGUUACAUAAGUUUGAAAUAAAAAUGACUUUAAAAAAAGAUGAAUUUAUAAAAAAAUAUCCUGGCAAAAUCACCUGUUUUCUAAAUCUUUACGUCUAAAUGUAUUAAUGUUUUCCCCACUUGCCUCUCAGGACUUUUUAUUCCAACUUGUUUAUUUGGUAUUUUAUCAGAACAGAAGUUAAUUAGCAGCUGUAAUGAGUUAAUAGAAUAAAUAUAGGUUAUUGUUCAAAUAAUCCUGCACCGGAGGAAGGGUGGAGAAUCACUACAGAGGGAGAGAAGGGCAUUCUGGGUAAUAUAACUUCAUUUACAUGAGUAGUCCCCCCCC